AUGCACGCCGCCGAGAAGGACGUUGAAGCUCUACUGCUCAAGGAGCGGGUAUUCAGGCGAAGACCAGGAGAUGUAGCCUACCCUUUGAAUCACUCAAAUGAUAUGCUCAACUAUGACAAUUGGGAUCAUAUUUUUUUCAAGAAGUGCUUCAAGAGUUUAACAAUGACCCAGUUCCAAACGCCGCCCGAAGUUGUCCUGGAUCUUGGCUGUGGUUCCGGUAUCUGGGUGUUAGAAGCUGCGAGUCAAUGGCAGAAGAGCACGAUAGUUGGUCUGGAUGUCAUGGAUGUCCAACCCAAUCUUUCAACUCUCGAACCUUACAAAGACCUGGCGCGUCGAAUAAAAUGGGUACACAUCAACUUAUUAGAUGGACUCCCUUUCCCCGAUGACUGCUUUGACUUUGUUAGGAUUUCAAGGCUAGGGCUCGGCGUUCCAGAAGACGAAUGGCAGUUUGUUCUAGAGGAAGUCUCGCGCGUCAUGAAACCUGGCGCGGCUUUGGAGAUUCUUGAAGAAAACUUGAUAUUUCCAUAUUGUCAGGCUGCCCGCCGACGCCCCCGGCCAACUCCUCUCACUAUGGAUUUAUUUCCCGUUGAUUCAAUACCGUCCUCAACCAGGAGCUCAAUGACAGUAUUCUCGACGAGUCCAUGGGAUCGCAGUGACGAUGAUCUCAUGGAUGGCACCCUCAAAAAGAAGACAAGUUUAUCCCCAUUACAAGAAUCUCCGACCUCCACGUUACCUACUCCAAUUUCGCAUAUCAGCCCCAAAUCCGCCAAUAGCCAUAAAAUGUACUCUUCCAGUUUCGUUCCGCAGUUACCCCCUGUACCAUCCCCACCACUAGCAGAUUCCUCCUUCCACACAAAUCCUCAGGAUCACUCCCGUUUAAAAGCGGCUUGGGACGCGAUGUUGUCGCGUCGAUUUUUAGCCCCUCAGUUGAUAACUGUCCUUCCUUUCUAUCUGUCGUCCUGUUUCGUGGACGUCAAGACACAUCCUACACUGCAUAUCCCACUCCCACCAAAUUCGUCGUUAUCAGACUCAAAAUUAUUCUGUUCUGAUUAUUCCUCCUCAGCCAACGCAUUCAACCCCGAAGAACAAUUUGAACUCAAACGCUCGACGGGUCGUCAUUCAGACGAAGAAAAUCCCCGUCGCCGAGAUUCCACAUUGGCUAGGGAUCCUAAAAAGGUAUUCUCUUGGGCACCGAUGCAUCUUGCCAGAACCGUCCAAACAGUCAAGGCCUGUAAAGAAGCCAUAUGGGACGAGUAUGACAAACUACACAGUCCAGACUUGCCACCCACAAUCACUCAGGCUCGAUUGAAAGAAGGUCACCGAGCUGUGGUUUCAUCGAAAUCCGCCGCUCGGGAAAGCUUUGAUCGCGCCUGGGAUAACUGGGAAAAUGAUAUGGCUGAUCGCAUAGGGAUGCGGGACAACAUCAUGUUUGAACUUUUGUGGCCUGAACCUGCAGGGGAGCGUCCUGACUGGCGAGUAUGGAGGAACAGUUUGGAUAUCAAGCCUGUUGAGCAGUCCGAGCCCGCGGCCGACAUUUGCAGGACGAUACGAGGGUUCGUGGCAUGGAAGCCUCAACUUAAAUGA